AUGUCUCCCGCCUUGCUGGACGAAGCGGCGCGGAUUGCCCGCCAGUUCGACUUCCCCGCCGAGGGGGUCCAGCGCGGGGUGAAAGAGUACAUCCGUGAGAUGGAUGAAGGAUUGAGCAAGGAGGGUACAACUUUGAGCCAAAUCCCCACAUUCGUCACCUCAGUACCAAAUGGCACAGAGAAGGGAUUGUACCUAGCCGUAGAUCUUGGCGGUACCAACUUUCGCGUGUGUUCAGUGGACCUACAUGGCGAUACCACCUUUUCUCUCACACAGUCUAAAAUCAUGAUCCCUCGUGAAUUGAUGGCUUCCGGAACCUCCAAGGACCUUUUCCAUUUUCUGGCUCGUCAGAUCGAAGCUUUCCUACGUAUUCACCAUAACGAACACUUCGAAGCUCAUCUCAAACGUCGACAUGAAGGGAAAGGCGAAGAGGAACUAUUUGAUCUGGGCUUCACAUUCAGCUUCCCCGUGCGCCAGGUGGGCAUUAACAAGGGAACCCUCAUUCGCUGGACGAAGGGCUUCAACAUUCCCGAUGCCGUAGGCCACGAUGUCUGCGCUCUGCUGCAAAGUGCUCUCGAUGAUCUGGAACUCCCCGUGCGUGUGGCCGCUCUGGUUAAUGAUACAGUUGGGACCCUGAUGGCCCGUUCAUACACCUCUCCCGGUGAAACGGGAACCUUCCUCGGUGCCAUUUUCGGUACGGGUACCAACGGCGCUUACGUCGAGAAGCUCGACAAGAUCACCAAGAUGGCCACCAUCGAACACUCCGACUAUGACAAGACAACUGGCGAAAUGAUUAUUAACGCCGAAUGGGGCAGCUUCGAUAACCACUUGAGCGUCUUGCCCAACACUGUCUAUGAUCAACAGCUGGAUGAAGAGAGUAACAACCCUGGAAUCCAGAUGUUCGAAAAGCGAGUCUCGGGAAUGUUCCUCGGUGAGAUUCUGCGCCGUGUCUUAAUAGAUUUGCACUGUAACGAGUCUCUUGGUCUGUUCAAAUCCAGCGCCUCGUCCAAUGUUGUUGUCCCAGAAAACUCCAACCUCUUCCGCCAGUGGGGCCUUGAUACCAGCCUUCUGAGUUUGGUCGAAGCCGACAGCAGUGAAAGCAUGGAGCCCACCAAGACGGCUUUGAAGGAUCACUUGAAGAUCGAACGGGCCAGCAUCACGGAUUGCAAAGCUGUUAAGACAAUCGUGCACGCCAUUGGCAAGCGUGCUGCCCGUCUGAGUGCCGUGCCUCUUGCUGCCACCCUCAUCUCUACCAAGAAACUGGAGACCGAUGAUCUGGUGGACAUUGGUGUCGACGGAAGCUUGGUCGAAUUCUACCCUAACUUUGAGGGAUACAUACGCGAUGCUUUACGCGAAGUGCCCGAGGUGGGCGCUGCCGGUGACAAGAAGGUGCGCAUUGGUAUCUCGAAGGAUGGUAGCGGUGUCGGUGCGGCUUUGAUUGCCCUCGUAGCUAGUAAGGAAGAAGCCAGGACCAAGGCCCAGUAG